AUACAAAUACACACACAGUCCAGAGAUCCUGAGUCUCAUUGUCCUACAAACAGAUUAACAACAUAGCAAUCUAGAGAGCUUUCAAGAAAGUUCCUAUUGUUUUCUCUUCCAUAAUGGCAACGACAGAGACACAAGAUAACCAACCUCUAGCAGGGCAUCCUACUAACAAUCCCCCGGCUGGGAAGAAGGGGUUCAAGCGUAUAAUGAAGAAAGUGAAGAGAGGCUUUGAGGUAUGGUAAGUUCAUUCUCCCAUCACUCGCAGAAUCAUUUUAAACACAAAGGUAGAAUAAUAGAAGCAGCUCUAUAGUUUCUUUCAAGAAUAAUUUUGCCUUUCUAGUUUCUACCAUCGACUAUAAUGGAAGAUAUAAUAGGGAUAUUCUUCAAUUUGCAAAUGUAAAGAAAUACAAAAGCAUGCAAAUAAGAAUGAGGAACCUUCUACCAGAACCUAACUCAUCUUAUUAUCCACGAUCUAGUGUUUUAUUCCCUUCCCUAGAGCUUAACUGAUAACUUAUUUUGUUUUUUAUCAUGCUUCUUGUUGCAGUGUCCUCACUAUACGUUACUAUUUGCUCUGCGAAGAUGCUUUUGCUGAAGAUAAUUUUGCUGAAUAUGCUUUGGUUGAAGAUGCUUUUGCUGAACAAUGAUUUCAAGGAUUAUGAUGUUUUAUGUUGGUUUUGAUUGCGUUGAGAAGUGAUAGUUGUUCUAUCAUUACUAUUCUGUGUGUAUGAUUAUCCCUUGUAAUAAAUAUUAACAGUUAUAAAACUACUUUGGAACCUACAUACACAGAUCUUCAUGAUCCCUCCUGGCUACAAACAAGUUUAUAUUUACUAGACGUUUCCUUUCCCUUUUCUUUCUUUUUCUUCAAUAUUACUGCCCAAAGGUUCUGAAAAGGAAGGAAAAUUACAAGGCUGGAAUUUAACAUAUUCAGGACUGAAACGAUGUGUAAGAAAGAAACAAGUUACUU